CUUCCUUCAAUCUCCAAGUAAUUCCUCUGCUGUUCUCCGCAAAAUACCAAAUUUGAUUUUCAGUUAGGCAUCCAUCUGAAGCGACUUCCACUUUGAAAGUCCGCUUAUAAAUGAAAUUGUUGGGCCGAGAAAAUCCUAGAUUGUGAAAAACCACUGCUUUUUGAAACGUUUUUAUAGUUGGAAGAUAUGACAGGAAACGAGUUCCGCUUCUUCUUGUCCUGUGAUAUCAAUCUUCCUGUUACUUUUCGAAUCGAGAGAUUGGAAGGGAAUUUGCCUCCUUCCAAGUCUCCCAAUUCAGAAGUUCUUUCAAGAACAGAGGAUAGAAAAGCAGAGCUAUACGUCGAGUGCACAUUAUACAUUGAUGGUGCUCCAUUUGGCCUCCCCACAAGAACAAGGUUGGAAUCCACUGGACCGUCAUAUUGUUGGAAUGAACUCAUCACAUUAAGCACUAAAUAUCGAGACUUGACUGGUCACUCGCAACUUGCUUUAACUGUUUGGGAUGUUUCAUGCGGGAAAGAAGAGGGACUUAUUGGUGGGGCUACAAUUCUUCUCUUUAAUAGCAAAAAGCAACUCAAAACAGGGAAGCAAAAGCUUAGGCUUUGGCCAGGAAAAGUUGCGGAUGGAUCAUAUCCUACAACGACUCCGGGAAAGGUACCCAGGCAUGAAUGUGGAGAGUUGGAACGCCUAGAGAAGCUUGUGAAUAAAUAUGAGAGAGGACUGAUCCAGUGUGUUGAUUGGCUGGAUCGGCUUGCGUUUAAAACUAUGGAGAAAAUAAAGGAACAUGAAAACUCUAGAAAUGGAAAUUCUCAUCUAUACCUGGUUGUCGAAUUCUUGAGUUUCGAACAUCGAGUUGUUUUCCAGGAAUCGGGACCAAAUUUCUUAUUACCCUCCCCUAUUGCCUCAACAAAUGAAAUCGUCACUGUUUGGGAUCCAGAAGUGGGAAAGAUAAACCCAUCUGAACAUAAGCAACUAAAGCUUGCAAGGAGUUUAACCCGUGGUAUUAUUGACAGGGAUCUUAAACCAAGCUCCAAUGAGAGAAAAUCAAUACAAAGAAUUCUAAAAUACCCACCUACAUGGACUUUGAGUGGUGAUGAGAGACAGCUCCUAUGGAAAUUCCGUUUCUCAUUGAUGUCUGAAAAGAGGGCCCUUACAAAGUUUCUUCGAUGUGUUGAAUGGAGUGACAUUCAGGAAGCAAAACAGGCAUUAGAACUUAUGGGCAGGUGGGAAAUGAUUGAUGUCUGUGAUGCACUGGAGCUGCUAUCUCCUGUUUUUGAAAGUGAAGAGGUCGGUAUAUUUGCAAGAGAAUAUCAUUCAAUCAAGGUUCGUGCAUAUGCUGUCACUGUUCUUCAAAGAGCUGAUGAUGAAGAGCUUCAGUGUUACUUACUUCAACUUGUUCAGGCUCUUCGAUUUGAGCGCUCUGAUAAAUCUCGGCUUUCUCAUUUUCUUGUGCAGCGUGCAUUACGCAACAUUGAGUUUGCCAGCUUUCUCCGUUGGUAUGUUGCUGUGGAGCUUCAUGAUCCAGCAUAUGCCAAACGCUUUUACUAUACCUAUGAGCUUUUGGAAGAGAAUAUGAUGAAGUUGUCAGCUGAUGUGAAUGGUGAUGAAGAUGGAUUUAAAUUGUGGCAAAGUUUGGUGCGUCAGACAGAAUUGACUGCUCAGUUGUGUUCAAUUAUGAGAGAUGUUAGAAAUGUGCGUGGCAACACCCAGAAGAAGAUUGAAAAGCUUAGACAGCUGCUUUCUGGGCUUCUCAGUGAACUUACUAAUAUUGAAGAGCCAAUACGGUCACCACUGGCUCCAGGUGUCCUCAUCACUGGAAUCAUACCAUCAGAGUCAUCAAUAUUCAAAAGUGCACUGCAUCCUUUGCGCCUCACUUUCCGACUAGCAAAUGGUGGAAGUUGUAAAAUUAUCUUUAAAAAGGGGGAUGAUAUUCGGCAAGAUCAAUUAGUUGUUCAAAUGGUAUCUCUCAUGGAUCGCUUGCUUAAAUUAGAAAAUCUUGAUCUGCACUUGACUCCAUACAAGGUGCUUGCAACUGGGCAAGAUGAAGGAAUGUUGGAAUUCAUUCCAUCCCGUUCCUUGGCACAGAUUCUCUCGGAGCAUAGAAGCAUAACAAGUUAUCUGCAGAAGUUUCACCCAGAUGAACAUGGACCAUUUGGUAUUACAGCCACCUGUCUUGAAACAUUUAUAAAGAGCUGUGCUGGCUACUCUGUUAUCACAUAUAUUCUGGGAAUUGGGGACAGGCACCUUGAUAACCUUCUCCUUAGGGAUGAUGGUCGUCUUUUCCAUGUUGAUUUUGGUUUCAUUCUGGGUCGCGACCCUAAACCAUUUCCACCACCAAUGAAACUUUGCAAGGAAAUGGUGGAGGCUAUGGGUGGAGCUGAAAGUCAAUACUAUACAAGGUUCAAAUCCUAUUGUUGUGAAGCAUACAACAUCCUUCGAAAAUCUAGUAACCUGAUCUUGAAUUUAUUUCAUCUGAUGGCUGGUUCCAACAUUCCUGACAUCGCAUCUGAUCCUGAAAAAGGGAUUCUUAAGCUCCAGGAAAAGUUUAGGUUGGACUUGGAUGAUGAAGCUUGUGUUCAUUUCUUCCAGGAUCUAAUCAACGAGAGUGUUAGUGCGUUGUUUCCUCAAAUGGUUGAGACCAUUCAUAGAUGGGCUCAAUACUGGCGUUAAUCCCAGAUAAAAUCGGGUGACGUAUAUAUACUGUAUAUAAACUGUAACACCUAUACUCCAUUCUCAUCCCGAAAAGACAAGCAUGAAGGUUUGAAGACUUUAUCUGGCAGCUACUCAAUGCAUAUGGUAAUAUAUUUAUUCUUUAUCCUUGUUCAGAGAAUUUGAAGAACCUUAUAUAUGCUUUGUAUUGAUAAUCCAUAGUUGACAUAUUGGUUUGGUCCAUGACCAACUCAAGUUCUUAUCCAUAUAGGAAAUGUACCCAAAUCAAUCUAAAUAGAUUAGUGUCUUCUUAUGAUCUGGUACAACAGCCUUUUGUCAUGGAAAGCAAAUCUCUGCGUUUUUGGUAUAUGGAGUUACUUUUUGAUCCAGCUCCUAUAGAAACUCUUUUUCACAGAUGGCCUGUCUGCUGGGGAAAACAUUGUAUAAAGUAAUUACAGAACAUGUUGAAUUUAAGGAAACAUUUUUCCCACCUUUUUAA